UGAAGCUGCUGCCGCUGGCGUCCAUGGCGUACACCGUGACCCCCACGCCGGCGGGGCCUGUCGGCUCCCAGUACUGCGUCUGCAAAGUUGAGUUGUCUGUCUGUGGCCAAAACCUCCUGGACAGGGAUGUCACUUCCAAAUCCGACCCCUUCUGCGUCCUCUUCAUGGAAGUCAACGGGAAGUGGGUGGAGCUUGACAGGACAGAGACGGCCGUGAACAACCUCAACCCAGCUUUCGCCAAGAAGUUCAUCGUCGACUACCACUUUGAGGAAGUGCAGAAGCUGAAGUUUGCCCUGUUUGACCAGGACAAGUCGAGCAUGCAGCUGUAUGAGCAUGACUUCCUGGGUGAAUUCUCCUGCACACUGGGCAUGAUUGUCUCCAGCAAGAAAAUAACAAGGACUCUCCUUCUGGGGAAUGGCAAGCCGGCUGGGAAGGGGAUGAUAACGAUAGCUGCCCAAGAGCUCUCAGAUAACAGGGUGAUUACUCUGAGCAUGGCUGGCAGAAAACUGGAUAAAAAGGACCUGUUUGGAAAGUCAGAUCCCUUCUUGGAGUUUUAUAAACCAGGAGACGAUGGAAAAUGGAUGCUGGUCCACAGAACAGAGGUGAUCAAGUACACACUGGACCCCGUCUGGAAGCCGUUCACUGUGCCUUUGGUGUCACUGUGUGAUGGAGAUGUAGAGAAGCUGAUAAAGGUGACGUGUUACGACUACGACAGCGAUGGGGGACACGACUUCAUCGGAGAGUUUCAGACCUCGGUGGCCAGGAUGUGCGAAGCCCAAGAUGCCCUUCCGCUCGAGCUGGAGUGCAUUAACCCCAAAAAGCAAAAGAAGAAAAAAAGCUACAAGAACUCUGGGAUCAUCAUUGUCAAGUCCUGCAAAAUAACCAGAGAUUUCUCCUUCCUGGACUACAUCCUGGGAGGCUGCCAGCUGAUGUUCACUGUUGGGAUUGACUUCACGGCCUCCAACGGGAACCCGCGAGACCCCUCCUCUUUGCACUACAUCAACCCCAUGGGGACAAAUGAGUACUUGUCAGCCAUCUGGGCUGUCGGCCAGAUCAUCCAGGACUACGACUCAGAUAAGAUGUUUCCUGCCCUGGGAUUUGGUGCCCAGCUCCCCCCAGACUGGAAGGUAUCCCAUGAGUUUGCCAUUAACUUCAAUCCCACAAACCCAUUUUGUUCAGGUGUGGAGGGCAUUGUCCAAGCGUACUCAGCCUGCCUGCCCCACAUCCGCUUCUACGGACCCACCAACUUCUCCCCCAUCGUCAACCAUGUGGCCCGCUUCGCCGCUCAGGCCACCCAACAGGAGGUCGCAUCUCAAUACUUCAUCCUCCUCAUCAUCACGGACGGGGUGAUCAGCGACAUGGACGAGACAAGACACGCUGUGGUGCAGGCAUCCAAGCUGCCCAUGUCUAUCAUCAUCGUCGGGGUGGGCAACGCCGACUUCGCCGCCAUGGAGUUCCUGGAUGGGGACAGCCGGGUGCUGCGCUCCUACACCGGCGAGGAGGCCGUGCGCGACAUUGUCCAGUUCGUGCCCUUCCGGGAUUUCCGAAAUGCCCCCAAGGAGACCCUGGCCAAGGCCGUGCUGGCAGAGCUGCCCCAGCAAGUGGUGCAGUACUUCAAGCACCGAAACCUGCCACCCAUCAACUCGGAGCCCGCAUAGAGCCGUGCCCGGCUGCACCCUCUGCAUGUCGCUGAAGCCUGUUGGUCCUGCCAAAAGUGCAUGUCCCACAUGCUUUCAAGAGAAUACCCUCCCUAAAACACUUUGUACUUCUUAAUUUAAUUGCCAAGUUCUUAAAACUCAUCCCAGAGAAGCAUCUGGGUUCAUUUUGUACAGUCCCGGCCCGAGGUAACACUAAAUGGCCAGGCCAUGCCCUGGUCCUGCUCUGUUGAGUCACUUUUCAGUAUUGAAUGUACUUUGUAUUAUUUCCGUGGAACAGGAUACAAUUUUUACAAUCAAAACUUGCUUUUUCCAAGCAAUGAAAUGCUUAAUAUAUUAUUAUCAUUCAAUGAACUGGUCACUGUAUAGUUCAUGUAUCUGUGUUGUACCUGUGCAUCUGUCACACUCUAUGUUCAUUUUUAUACUGUGUACAUGUUAUAUUUGUUAUACUCAGGUUAAUAAAGAAACUUGGACAUUUAAAACAA